AUGGUUGCGAAAGUUGGAAAAGCAUGUGGGGAAAAUUUCACUGUAUUGUCUGAGCGAAUCCUAGAAAGUGGGGAGGAGUUGAAAAUUGAAGUUGAUAAAAAGAAGAAAGUCAAGAAGGGAGCUGAGGAAAAAAAGGAGGAGGAAACUUCAAGAAGGGAGGAACCUGAAGAGAGCAAGCACAUGCCUGCUCUACCUUUUCCCCAAAAGCUGUAUAGAGAAAAGCUGGACAAGCAGUUUGAGAGAUUUCCAGAUAUGCUGAGACAGGUUAAUGUAAAUUUUCCAUUCAUAGAAGUUCUCUCACAAAAAGCCAGUUUAUGCCAAAUUCUUGAAGGAGAUCCUUACAAAGAAGAGGAAGAUAGAAGAGACCUCAGUAGUCAAGCUUACAGAGCAUUGCAGCGCAAUCUUGCAAAACAAACUCCCACAAAAGUGAAGCUGGAGAAUGAGAUCGGAGAGAUAAGGUCAGCACCAAUAUCCUUCCAGCUGGCCGGCCAAACAAUUAUAAUACCCAAGGGGAUAGUUGAAGAUGUCUUAGUUCGGGUAGAUAAGUUCGUACUUCCUAUGGAUUUUAUAGUAGUGAAGAUGGAGGAGAAUAAAGAGAUCCCCCUCAUCCUAGGAAGACCAUUCUUAGCAACGAGUAGAGCAAUAUUGGAUAUACAUGAUAGAAAACUCAUGCUUAGAGUGGGUGAGGGGACUGUGACUUUCGAGAUGAAUGUAGAGAUGAGGGUGAAAAAGGAGAAGCCAGCUGCAAGUGUUGAGUGA